UCGAAACAGAUCUAUAUCUUAUAAACCUGUGACUGAGAGAGAUCAAAAUCGAAAACGUGAAGAUGAUGAUGAUGAGCUCUGCAUCCGCCAUGAAAGCUGCUGGAGUUUUGCUUCUGCUUACUGUGCUAACAUUAGCUUAUGCAAAGAAGUCAGGUGAUGUGACAGAGUUGCAGAUUGGUGUGAAGUUCAAGCCUCAGAAAUGUGAUCUUCAGGCUCACAAAGGGGAUAAGAUCAAGGUUCAUUAUCGGGGAAAGUUAACUGAUGGAACUGUGUUUGAUUCAAGUUUUGAGAGGGGUGACCCUAUUGAGUUUGAGCUUGGAACUGGUCAAGUCAUCCCAGGAUGGGACCAGGGUUUACUGGGAGCUUGUGUAGGUGAGAAGAGAAAGUUGAAAAUCCCAUCCAAACUUGGUUAUGGUGAAAGCGGCUCACCACCAAAAAUCCCAGGUGGUGCGACACUAAUAUUCGACACUGAGCUUGUUGCUGUGAACGGGGAACCAGCCAGCGAACGAAAAGCAAAGAAUGAGCUUUGAUUACACCCUCGUUGUUUUUUCCAUUUAAACGAAACCGUUAAGUAGUAGCUGUUGUUGGCAUUUUGAAUCUAAAACAGCCUAGAAUCAUUACUUUGCUAGUUAAAGACAAUAAUAAUAUGUUUGGUUAUAACUUUAGUUA